CGUCCGCUCCCAAAGUUGGUCCGCCUUAGAAAACCCAUAGCAGCAGAUAAAGUAGUAUGUGUUCACCAAGAAACUAGAAAAGUGAUUGAAGAACUACCUUUUAUCACCAACGUUGUGUCUUAAAUUAAAAGAUGGUCUCUUUUAUCUUUCAAGCAGCAUGUCACAGACUUUAAUCCAGCAGAUAAAGGAGCUGGAGGGAGAGCUGGAGAAGCUGAAGUGCCAGUUGAAGGAGAGACGUGAAGCUGGAGAGGACGUGGAGAUGAUUUCCAGUGCGUCUCCUAAUGAAGACACAGAUUGCAAACCUGGUGGCAACGGCACCAGCAAAAAGAGUAAGAAAGCAAGUAAAGAGCGUCCGUUUGACUUCUCUGCCCACCCUCGACGCCAUGUGGCCCUGCGGCUGGCGUACCUGGGGUGGGCCUACCAGGGGUUUGCUGUUCAGGAGAACACAGAGAAUACUGUGGAGGCCAGACUCUUCGAAGCUUUGCUGAAGACUCGGCUGAUCCAGGACCGGCAGAGCUCUAACUACCACCGCUGCGGUCGCACUGAUAAAGGAGUCAGUGCCUUUUCCCAAGUCAUUACCAUUGAUUUGCGCUCCACACAGUUUUGUGGAGGAUUGGGCAUCAGGCUCCCUGAAAAUGUUGAUGUAAAUCCAAAGAAAAAAGCUGAUGUCCCUGAGCUUCCCUAUGUGAAGAUACUGAACAGGGUCCUACCCCAGGACAUCAGGAUCCUAGACUGGGCACCAGUAGCAGAGGGCUUCAGUGCACGCUUUGACUGUCAGUCCCGCACGUACCGGUACUACUUCCCCCGAGGAUCCUUGGAUGUGGCGUUGAUGGCAGAUGCUGCAAAAAAGUAUGAGGGCACUCAUGACUUUCGCAACCUGUGCAAAAUGGAUGUGGGCAACGGAGUCCUGCAGUUUGAGAGGACCAUUUUGUCAGCAGAGGUCAAACCUGUGCAGCCUCAGCACAUGUCCAGCACAGACCAUUAUGACCUCUUCAUAUUCGAGAUCAAAGGCCUGGCUUUCCUUUACCACCAGGUACGAUGCAUGAUGGCUGUGCUGCUCCUCAUAGGGCAGAAACUAGAAGCCCCAGAGAUAAUUAAUCAACUACUAGAUGUUCAGAGUAACUCCAGGAAGCCCCAGUACAGCAUGGCAGUAGACUACCCACUGGUGCUGUAUGACUGCCACUUUGAAGGUUUGAGCUGGAAACGGGACGCUGAAGAGGUAAACCAUGUUUUGUCUGCACUGCAGCAACAGUGGACUCAGAGUGCAGUCAAGGCACAGAUCCUCCAUGGGAUGAUCCAAGGUCUAGGUGGAUUGUCCUCUGACCAUUGCUCACUAAUAGAAGGCAGCAGGCAGAGAAACUACAGACCAUUGCUGGAGCGUCCAUGCUGUGAGAGCCUUGAGUCCAGGAUAGACCAUUUUGUUAAAAGAGGCAGACUGGAGCGGGAGGAAGGGGAGAACGGAGGUGAAAUGGUCCACCGAGGGAAAAGGUCCAAACAUUCCCACUAUUCCUCCAACCUCCCUGUUUCUUCAGAGAUGCCAACAUCAAAACAAAGUACAGAUCAUAAAGCAGAUUAAGCGUUUCCUACAUAAACUUGCCAAAGUUUGUCCAUUUGCCAAUUGUUUUCUGUAAAACCAUUGUAACUUUUUAUUUCAGGAAAGAGAACUUUGUGCUACUUGUUUAAAUUCAUGCAAAAACUUGAUUUUUCCUGUGAAAUAAACACUUUUAGGAUAAGA